AUGGCCACCAAGAGACUUCCUCGUGAGCUGAUAGCCAAUGACUGUGAGGUACGGAGUUACAGUGGGUCUUCACAUCCAGCCAACAAGACAGGCUGUCACGUGACGACUGCUACUGGCGUGGCGCUCGUGCUGCUUGCCGUGGGUGUUGCCACGUUGACCGGGCUGAUUGUUUACCUGGCCGUUCCCGACAAGACGUUUAAGUGUCAGUGCGUUCUGCCAGACUGCUCAUCUGAAAGCCCACCGCCAGCGCCAAAAGUCACUGUAGCGACGGAUUCCGCAACCACGUUUUCCGAAACCACGCCUUCUGUAACCACGCCCUCUGUAACCAAGGCAAGGACUGAAGUUCCACUGAUCGACAGGCACAUGCGCUUGCCGAGGUCUCUUCUUCCGGUACACUACCGCGUGGAGCUGGAGCCACGGAUGUACGGAAAAGACCCGAAAAACUUCACCUUCCGCGGCUCUGUGGAUAUUUUAGUGGAUUGUGUAGAAGCCUCGGAUAACAUCACCUUGAACAUGUUCAAUCUGAUGAUCGUCAACAGCUCCAUAACUCUGUUGGGGACAAACGGCAUGACCACACCUCGUAUCCAUGGUUACCAGAUCAGCCACUCUAAACAGCUGUUGAUCCUGAACUUGGACGAUACACUAACAGCCGGAAGUAGGUAUCACGUGAUCAUGGAGUUUUCCGGACCUCUUCGCGUCGGAUGGAGAGGACUGUACGUAGUGGAAUAUACAGAAAACAACUCAACUACGUAUGUGACCGGAACCCAGUUAGCUACUGUGUACGCUAGAAAGGUUUUCCCCUGUUUCGACGAGCCUGCAUUCAAGGCGACCUUUGACCUCACGGUCGUGAGGAGGAACGACCAUACGGCUUUGUCUAAUACUCCUCUCAUCAAAAGUGAGCGAAGAGCGAAUCAGAUGACAGCCGACACUUUUGACACCACACCAAAGAUGUCCACGUAUAAUCUGGCGCUUGUCGUGUCACAGUUCGCAAACAGAGAGGCGAUGACGUCGAACAGGGUUAAAAUCAGAGUGUGGACCCGUCCGGAACUUCUGGGGAAGACAGAUUACGUUCUACGACUGGCAGUUUACGUUCUGGAUUACUUUGAGGAGUUUUACAGAAUCAGAUACUCUUUACCUAAACUAGAUAUGGUUGCCCUGACCGACUUCGUGUACGGAGGGAUGGAAAACUGGGGGUUGAUCUUGUAUGACGAGAAAAAGUUUUUGGUCGAGCCAGGCGUAACUUCAACGCGGGCCCAUGAGCUAGGAGCCUCAAUUAUCUCCCACGAAAUCGUACAUCAGUGGUUUGGCAAUCUACUCACGAUGGAAUGGUGGGAUGACAUCUGGCUGAAUGAAGGUUUUGCUGACUUUUUCCACAACACGGGAGUUAACUCUUUUCAUCCAGAUUGGAAAAUGCACCAACUAACGAUAGUUAACCAGUUACAAGACGCUUUUAACAAAGAUAACAGAAAGACAUCUCAUCCGCUAAAGUUUCCUGUCGAUACACUCUCCAAGAUUCGAAAUAUCUACGACUCUCUGCCCUAUGUAAAGGGAGCUUCCAUUCUGCGUAUGUUUCAACAUUUCCUGGGAGAGGAUGCGUUCUUACAGGCGAUUCGGAGUUCCGAUCACGGGGUUCCAGUGCGAGACAUCCUGGCCACGUGGCUUUUCCAGAUGAACUACCCCGUAGUGACAGUAAAACGAUCAGCCAACCAUUCCAUCACUGUUUCUCAAAAGCGGUUUGUUCUCUAUGAGAAGGAAGAGGAGAGCGAGACUUUCUCGUCGCCGUACGGCUAUAAAUGGGACAUUCCCUUUACCUUUACCACAAAUCUGGUAAAAGAUUUCAACACCUCCCGAACUACACUUCUAUGGUGGAAUGAAGAAGAAGUUGAAAUAUGUGAUAGUAAACUCAUACCUGUUUGGAGCAAUAACAGUUGGGUGAUCGGCAAUGUCCGGCAAGUCGGGUUUUACCGGGUCAACUAUGAGGCAGACAACUGGGACGCUCUGAUUGGUCAGCUUAAAGAGGAUCACGUGGUCUUCUCCGUUGAAAACCGGGCUCAGAUUGUGAAUGAUGUCUGGAAUUUUGUCAGGUCUGGAUUACUUGACGCCGAGACUGCUUUGAAUGCUUCACAAUAUCUGCAGGCCGAAGAGAGUUACAUCCCCUGGCGAGCAGUUGUCUCGGAGUUUCAGUAUGCGUGCCACAUGCUGUCUCAAACAACUCUGUAUCCUUCUUUCCAGAUGUUUAUGAGGUCACUCCUUCGAAGACAGUAUUUCAAAACUGGCUGGGGAAACAAACAAAAUCAUUUAGACUCUUUGUUUCAGAACCUGAUAUUGACGCAGGCGUGUCACUAUGGCAUACCAGAAUGUGUGACGAAGGCGAAAAAGCUUUUCUCCGCCUGGAUGAAAGAUGACACAGUUAACCCAGUACCGAUGAACUAUAGAGAUGUGGUGUACUGUACCGCUAUAGCUCACGGUGACCUGCAGGAAUGGGACUUCGCAGUCCAGAUGUACCAGAAGUCCAACGAGAGCGACGAGCAAGAAAGGAUCAUAUCGGCUUUAGGCUGUACUACACAGCCUUGGAUUAUCCUCAAAUAUUUAUCAUGGAGCUUGAGGGAUGACUCGGUGCUUCAGCGAAUCAUAGUACGCUCCAUGGCGAAGCGGUGCUCGACGGAAAACAAACCGCUUCUCUGGCGUUAUAUUCAAGAACACUGGGAAAAGUUGUCAGGAGGUACGAAAUACAUGCUGUUCAAACACACGUUUCAGACAGCUUUCAACACAGACUUUGACCUUCGAAACCUUAAAAGGUUUAUUGGCGACUACACGGGUGCGAAAGAUCUCGAGGACUCUAUCGUAACGACACAAAGUAACAUAGAGUGGAUGAAGAACAACUUUGAGGCAAUAGGAAGAUGGUUUGAUGAGCAUGGAUAUGGCGCUUGACACUUGUCCUUUGCUCUUUUUUUUCUGUGUUUGGCUGUGUAAGCGAUUGCAAUUUAAAUGUAAUAUGACAAUACUAUAAUAAUUAUAGUUUGAUAAAAUGAGACUCUAGAGUAUAAGUUUAAACGAAAAGAAAACGAAAAUAAAGUAGGCAUCAGUAAAAAGACCACAAAAAACUUACAUGCAUAUGGAGAACAUCAUACACAUAUAUAAAGGACAUCAUACACAUAUACGGAGGACAGCAUACACAUAUGUAAAGAGGACAUCAUACACAUAUAUGAAGGGCAUCAUACACAUAUAUGGAGGACAUCAUACACAUAUAUAUAGAGGACAUCAUACACAUAUAUAUGGAGGACAUCAUACACAUAUAUGGAGGGCAUCAUACACAUAUAUGGAGGACAUCAUACACAUCUAUGGAGGACGUCAUAUACACAUAUGGAGGACACCAUAGACAUAUAUGGAGGACAUCACACAUAUUUAUAUGGAGGACAUCAUAUGCAUAUAUGGAGAACAUCACACAUAUAUAUGGAGGACAUCAUACACAUAUAUAUGGAGGACAUAACAAAAAGAUGUGGAGGACAUCAUACACAUAUAUGGAGGACGUCAUACACAUAUAUGUAGGACGUCAUCCACAUAUAUGGAGGACGUCAUACACAUAUAUGCAGCACGUCAUACAUACAUAUGGAGGACUUCACACAUAUAUAUG